UGUGUUCUGGUCUUCAGAUGUCUCGGUUCCUGGAUUUGGCAGAGUUUGGACCAGCUGCUCGCUUCCUUCGCCUCACCAACCUGGAGCACCUGGCGGCCAAAGCUCUGGCAUUUGAUGGUACAAAGCGGGUCUGGAUGCCCGAUGACAUGGAGGCGUACAUUGAAGUGGAGGUCAGACAGCUCAACGGGGACAAAACCACUGUGGAGACCAGAGACGGACGGUUUCUGAUCACUAAAGAAAAGGACCUGCAGCCGAUGAACCCAGAGAGGUUCGACAUGAUUGAGGACUUGGCCAUGCUGACCCACCUGAACGAAGCAUCCGUGUUCUUCAACCUGAAGCGGCGAUACAGCAUGUGGAUGAUCUAUACCUACUCUGGGCUCUUCUGUGUGACCAUCAACCCAUACAAAUGGCUGCCAGUCUACUGCGCUGAGGUGGUUAGAGCCUAUAAGGGGCGUCGUCGCAGAGAAACCCCUCCCCACAUCUACGCUGUCGCAGAUAAUGCGUACACCGACAUGCUGCAGAAUCGUGAGAAUCAGUCGAUGCUGAUCACUGGCGAGUCAGGCGCUGGCAAAACGGUCAACACAAAGCGAGUGAUUCAGUACUUCGCCAUCACCGCUGCUCUGGGAGAAAAUAUAAAAAAAGGAGGAUCUUUGGAAGACCAGAUCAUUGAAGCCAAUCCAGCCAUGGAGGCUUUCGGCAACGCCAAGACUGUGCGCAAUGACAACUCAUCACGCUUUGGAAAGUUCAUCAGAAUUCAGUUUGGGCCGACAGGGAAGCUGGCUUCUGCUGACAUUAACAUCUAUCUUUUAGAGAAGUCAAGAGUUGUGUUUCAGCAGCCACAAGAGAGAAGCUACCACAUCUACUACCAGAUCCUGUCCAACCACAAACCAGAACUACAAGAUAUGCUGUUGGUGACCACCAACCCUUACGACUACCACUUCUGCUCUCAGGGAGUGACCACAGUGGAAGGCCUCAAUGACGGGGAGGAGCUGAAGCUCACUGAUCACGCCAUGGACACACUGGGCUUCACUCCCGAAGAGAAGUACGGCUGCUAUAAGAUCGUUGGUGCCAUCAUGCACUUUGGUAACAUGAAGUUCAAGGAGCGCCAAAGAGAGGAGCAGGCCGAGGCGGACGGCACAGAGAGUGCAGAUAAGGCUGCCUACCUGAUGGGCAUCAACUCUGCUGAGCUCCUCAAAGGCCUCCUGAACCCGAGGGUCAAAGUAGGGAACGAGUACAUCAUUAAAGGGCAGACUGUAGAACAGGUCUGGGUGUCAGGAACUCAUCCGAGGAUUUUAGGUGCGGCAGCCUUGUUUGAAUGGUUUCUGUCUUUCUCUCCCCCCCCCCUCUCUCUCUCUGUCCCCCUGUCUGUCUCUCUCCCUGUCUGUCUGCAGUUCAAUAAUUUUGAGCAGCUGUGCAUUAACUUCACCAAUGAGAAGUUACAGCAGUUCUUCAACAACCACAUGUUCAUCGUGGAGCAGGAGGAGUACAAGGCUGAAGGAAUCGAGUGGACCUUCAUCGACUUCGGCUUGGACCUGCAGCCCUGCAUCAACCUCAUUGAGAAGCCGAUGGGCAUUCUGUCCAUCAUGGAGGAAGAGUGUAUGUUCCCAAAGGCCACGGACCAGAGCUUUAAAUCCAAACUCUACGACAACCAUUUUGGAAAGUCGCCCAACUUCCAGCGGCCGCGGCUUGACAAGAAACGCAAAUAUGAGGCUCAUUUUGAGCUGGUUCACUACGCCGGAGUGGUCCCCUACAACAUCACAGGCUGGCUGGACAAGAACAGGGAUCCUUUGAACGAGACUGUGGUGGCUGUGUUCCAGAAAUCCUCCAACAAACUCAUGGCUGGACUCUUUGAAGACUACAUCAUCUCUGAUAUGGCUGCUGAUCUCAAAGGAGAAACCAGACACAGGAAGAAGAAAGCGGCAUCAUUCCAAACGGUUUCACAGUUACAUAAGGAGAAUCUGAACAAAUUGAUGGCGAACCUGCGCAGCACUCAGCCACACUUUAUGCGCUGCAUCAUCCCCAAUGAGACCAAGAACCCAGGGGUGAUGGAUCCCUUUUUGGUCCUGCACCAGCUAAGGUGUAAUGGUGUCCUCGAGGGGAUCAGGAUUUGCAGGAAGGGUUUUCCAAACCGUGUUCUGUACGCUGAGUUCAAACAGCGCUAUCGUAUACUGAAUCCAUCUGCAAUUCCAGAAGACUGCUUUGUAGACAGCAGGAAGGCUGUAGAGAAGCUGUUGGGUUCUCUGGACAUAGACCACAAUCAGUACAAGUUUGGACACACUAAGGUGUUUUUUAAGUCAGGCCUUUUGGGUCAGUUGGAAGACAUGAGGGACAUCCGUCUGUCUGAGAUCCUGACCAUUAUCCAGGCCAUGUGCAGAGGAAAGCUCAUGAGAAUAGAGCACCAAAAGCUCCUGCUGCAGAGGGACGCACUCUUGCUGAUCCAGUUCAACUUGCGAUCGUUCUUCACGGUGCGGAAGUGGCCGUGGAUGAUGCUGUUCUAUAAGCUCCGCCCCAUGCUCAGGAGUGCUCAGCUGGAGAAGGAGAUCGCAGCUUUGAAUGUGGAGUUCACCAAAUUAAAAGAGGCUUUCGACAGUUCAGAUAAGACACGUCGUGAGGCAGAAGAGCGUCAGGUGGUCCUGGUUCAUGAGAAGAAUGACCUGGCUCUGCAGCUCCAAGCUGAACAGGACAACCUGACCAAUGCAGAGGACCGCUGCAAUCAGCUGAUACAGUCCAAAAUCAGUCUGGAAUCAAAGCUGAAGGAGCUCCAGGAGCGACUAGAGGAAGAGGAGGAGAUGAGCGCCACACUGAUGUCCAAGAAACGGCAGCUGGAGGAAGAAGCGGUGUCGCUGAAGAGAGAUGUGGACGACCUGGAGAUGACGCUGGCUAAAGUGGAGAAGGAGAGGCACGACACGGAGAACAAGGUGAAGAACUUGUCCCAGGAAAUGUGUGUCCAGGACGAGUCAAUUGCAACGCUCAGCCGAGAGAAUGCUGCUCUACAAGAGGCUCAUCAGCAGGCUCUAAAAGACCUCCAGACUCAGGAGGACAAGGUCACCAUGCUGGCCAAGGCCAAGACUCGCCUUGAGCAGCAAGCAGACAAUGUGGAAGCUGCUCUGGAGCAGGAAAAGAAGGUUCGGGUGGAUUUGGAACGAAUCAAACGUAAGAUGGAGGGAGAUCUGAAGCUGUCCAUGGACUCUGUGAGGGACCUGGAGAACCACAAAGAACAGCUGGAGGACAGACUGAAAAAAAAGGAAAUGGAGCUGGUUCACCUUCAGACUAAAGUGGAGGAGGAGCAAAGUGUGGUGGCUCAGCUUCAGAAGAAGAUCAAGGAGCUUCAGACUCGUAUGGAGGAGCUGGAGGAGGCGUUGGAGGCGGAGCGGCUGUGGCGAACCAAAGCUGAGCGCCAGCGGAAUGACAUCGCCCGUGAGCUGGAGGAGCUGAGCGAGAAGCUGGAGGAAGUGGGCGGAGCCUCAGCAGCUCAGAUUGCCCUGAACAGGAAGAGGGAGGCCGACUUUCUGAAGAUGCAACGAGAGCUGGAUGAGGCGGGUCAUCAUCACAAAGAAACAGCAACCACGCUGAGGAAGAAGCACUCGGACACGGUCACGGAACUGAGUGAGCAGAUGGACACGCUGCAGAGAACCAAGCAGAAACUGGAAAAGGAGAAGAUGGAGUUCCAGCUGGAGGCCGAUGACCUGGCUUCCAAUGUGGAACAGCUGUCCAGGUCCAAGGGUACAGUGGACAAGAUGUGUCGGGUUUUUGAGGAUCAGCUGAAUGAGACUCGGGUCAGAGCCGAGGAGCUGCAGAGACAGCUGACUGAAGUUUCUGCUCACAAAGCACGAGCACUCACUGAGACCGCUGAAUGCAUCCGCCGUCUGGAGGAGCGCGAUGCUCUGAUUGGUCAGUUGCAGCGCUCAAAGGAGGGGCUUCGUCAGAGCUCGGACGGUCUGAAGAGACAGCUGGAAGAGGAGAGCAAAGCUCGUGUGGCGCUGGCUCACGGUGUGCAGUCGUCCCGCCAUGACUGCAGUUUGCUCCGAGAGCAGAUCGAGGAGGAGCAGGAGGCCAAGGCUGAACUGCAGAGGGCGCUGUCCAAAGCCAACAGCCAGCUGGCCCAGUGGAGGGCCAAGUACGAGACAGACGCCGUGCUGCGAGUCGAGGAGCUGGAAGACGCCAAGAAGAAACUGGCGGUGAAGCUGCAGAAUGUUGAGGAAGCUGUGGAGGUCUCUCAGGCCAAAUGUUCUUCUCUGGAUAAAACCAAAAUGCGGCUGCAGAUGGAGAUGGAUGGCCUGCUGGUGGAACUGGAGCGCUCCAACGCAGCUGUUCUGGAGCUGGAUAGGAAACAGCGGAACAAUGACAAGAUGUUGACUGAGUGUAAGCAGAGACAUGAGAAGAGUGUGUCUGAGCUGGAAGCAUCACAGAAUGAGUCUCGCAGUCAGAGUACGGAACUCUUCAAGCUGAAGAACUGCUACGAAGAAGUUCUGGACCACCUUGAGACCAUUAGACGAGAAAACAAGACCCUGCAAGAUGAGAUCCUGGACCUGACGGACCAGGUUGGUCAGGGAGGGAAGGCCAUCCAUGAGCUGGAGAGGAUGAAGAAGAUUCUAGAUGUGGAGAGGGAUGAUAUCAGAGCUGUGCUGGAGGAAACGGAGGGUUCACUGGAGAACGAGGAAGCCAAGACCCUGAGGUUUCAGAUGGAGCUGCAUCAGAUGAGGACUGAGGUCGACAGGAAGACUGCAGAGAAAGAAGAAGAGAUUGUCAGCUUGAGGAGGAUCCACCAGCAUGCCUUAGACACCAUGCAGGCCAGUGUGGAGGCAGAGGGUCGCAGUCGUAGUGAGGCAGUCCGGCUGAGGAAGAGGAUGGAGGUGGACCUGAAUGAGAUGGAGGUUCAGCUGGGUCAUGCCAACAGACAGGCAGCUGAGAGCCAGAGGAUCAUCAGAAACCUACAGACUCAGGUGAAGCAGCAGCAGCUGGAGCUGGAUGACAAAGUUCAGCUGACCAAUCAGCUGCGAGAACAGACUGGCCUGUUGGAGCGGCGCUAUUCCUUGAUGUUGCUGGAAAAAGAAGAACUGCAUGGGAUCCUGGAACAAACCGACCGCUCUCGUAAGGUGGUGGAACACGAGUUCCUUGAGGUCUCAGAAAGAGCCAACAUUCUCAACACUCAGAAUGCUGGCCUGCUGAACCAGAAGAGGAAACUGGAGUCAGACGUGUCUGUCCUGACAGGAGAGGUUGAUGAAGUGAUGCACGAGAACUUCAGUGCAGAGGAGAAAGCCAAGAAGGCCAUCAGUGAUGCGGUGCUGAUGGCAGAGGAGCUGAAGAAAGAGCAGGACAGCAGCAACAUGUUGGAGAGAAUGAAGAAGAACAUGGAGACAACAGUCAAAGAGCUCCAGCUCAAAGUGGAUGAAGCUGAGCAGCUGGCCGUGAAAGGAGGAAAGAAACAGCUUCAUAAACUGGAGUCCAGAGUGAGGGAGCUGCAGACAGAGUUGAUGGUUGAGCAGAAGAAGAGUGAGGAGUAUCAUAAAGGAGUUCGUCGUUAUGAAAAAAAAGUCAAAGAGUUAACGCACCAGUCAGAAGAAGACCAGAAGACUUUGCUGAUGAUGCAGGAACUCGUCGAUAAGCUUCAGGCAAAAGUCAAGAGCUACAAGAGACAGGCCCAGAACACAGAGGAGGAGGUGAUCUCCAAUGUUGUCCGUGUCAGAAAAAUGCAACACGAGUUGGAUGAUACAGAGGAAAGAGCCGAAAUAGCAGAAACAUGCGUGAACAAGCUGCGGAUUCAAACCCGUGAACAGACCAGAAAGAUAACUGUGGUUGCUGACUGAAGCUCUGCAUCUUUGUCUUCCUGAUGUCGUGACAUUUGUUGACCUGAUGAAGUUUUUGUUGUUGGAAUUUAGUUGUUUUUAUUAAAAACUGGACUUUGUCACGGCGUCCUGUUCCCCGUCUGGGUUGAGGGGUUUUUAUCUUUUUUGUGUCCCCCUCAAACCGAGAGUCCUAAACGUUGACUUUGGUGUCCUCAGUGGUAAUUUUUGUGUUUUGGACUUUCUGGAUUCGGCUCGAUGGUCGUGACGCUGCAGCAUGUCCCACUACAAAAACCAUGUGUGCUUU